AUGCCUGGACUCACUAUCCGGAAGGGACCUGCUGUCUCCCUUGUCCAGGAUCAGGACAUCAUCUUAGCGGAGCCUGAGGCCGCUGACUUUGCUAUCACGGUCAUUGGCGCCCUGGAAGAGGACGGCUCCAAACACGUCACCGACAUACAUAUCUCGUCUACAAUCGUUAAGAAAUCUCUGUUCAUACAAGCGUUCAUCGAAAAGACGAAAGACAAAUCAGAGAUCACACUCGGAGACGGCAAGUUCACUGAAGACGGAUACAAUAAAGAAGGUACCCUUGUCUGGCUCGCUCAUCUGCAGGGACUCUCGCAGCAACGUAUGAAAGAAUUGGGACUGUGGGAGAUCUCGCUGCUUGGGGUAUGGUACGCGAUCUUGUACUGGGACUCGCAUCAAGACAAGAAGGCCAGGGAGAACUUGGGAGAAUGGUUCGACAACUGGUACAGGACGAGCAUGAGCAAUGUUCAGCUGACCAUUCCCAUCGCGCGCGCUCUGGUCUACCCAUACUACCUGUUCGACAAUGCCAAGGGCUUCGCACAAGUCACCAAGUAUCUAGCCUACAACCACGUCGGUCACGUUAAGGAACGCCCGCCCAAAGGCUUCAAGGGCGGCAAGCAUCUUCACGUUGGAGAGCGCCAGUUCGUUGGUCCGGUAAACCAUGCUCGCGGAGGCCUGCGCAACACGCUCCACAAGUCUCUCUACUCCCGCGUCGGCAGGAUUCUCCGUUCCGAAACCACCUUCUGCGACUGCUGGGAUGCCACCAUCGGCCGCUAUCAGCUCGCCCUCACCAAAUGCGAGGCCUGGCCCGUCGACGACGUUCUCACUUCCUCAAGUAUUGCCGAGGUCACUCGCCGCCUCAAGGCCUUCAAGCUCAACUACACUGCCAAGUGCAAGCGCUGCGCGAGCAUUGACUGGGAGUCCGUUGUCCUUCGUGCUUGUUCCAACACAGACGGCUACUUCAACGGUAUCUGUCUUGAUUGCCAGGACCGCAGCAAGCCCAAGGGCGAGGGUCUGGAUGAUGAGUACGAGAAGCAUAACCAGCCGGAUGCUGGUCGGUGGGACACUCGCUGUCGGUUCAAGCAUGGACAGCCAACUUGGUACAUAUCCUGGCUCGGUCGUCCUGAUAUCCGCGAGAAGAUGCUUCGUGGACCUGAUAACUAUCGUGCGCCAGAGGAGGAGUGA